AUGAAGCUCGGGCUUCCAGAUGUCGAGAUACCUGCUGAAGAUGCUGUAACACAAGAUCGGCUUGUCAAUCAGGCGCUGAUAAGUGCUGUCCACGCCUUCUCUGCGCGAUGGCUACCCUUGAGUUGUUUUGGGGAAGUUAACCAGCCAAAGUCGCCACAUCUACUUGUGGCAAAAGAACAUUUUGUGGAGUGUAUCUGGAAACGGGCGCAAAAAGAUGUCGAGAAGGUUUUGACAAUACCAAGCUAUCGUUCAAUCCUGGCAUUGUACCUAUUUGGCGUCACUCCAACUUCGUCCAAAAAUGCAGAAAGGCAGAUUGCAGAUUACUGUAUGGAGACGGCCCUUCGGCAUUAUGUGCGACUCAGAGCACGGAAGUGUAUCACAGCCAGCUCAGUGGUCCCAGUGGGUUCAGAUAUGACUCAAGACUUUGGCAGCAAUGACCGCAUCAUUGGGACGCAAGACGCACAUCAUGAAGAACACCAACAUCUAGAGGAUACUGCAUAUUGGUUCGGUAUUGUCAUUGACGGCUCUAGAGCUUUGACCCGAUGUCAGCCAUCGGUUCUGCUUCCAGGCUUGACAGGAGAUUCGAGAGUUUGGGACCUUAUCAAGAGGCAAUCGGAAAAUUCAGCCAAUGUGUUUCGCUCGAUUUCAAGCGCGAAGACACUGUUAACUGAUGAGACGGUAACGAUUAUGGUCCAGUAUGGCUUUCAAUGCAAAACACUUUUCUGGAAAGCAGUUUCUCGUCUUCAGGAAUGCCUCUUCUACCAAAGUAUCGAAGUUUCACUAGCAGUAGUACUGGGAGACAUCGAGCGAGAGAUCACUCGGUUCGAGAAGAAUUUUACUCACUUUCUUGACAAAUGCGGGAGAGACUAUAUCCUGCUAUCCGUUAAAUCGCGAAUUAACUAUUUCGACACGCUCGACUGGCACCAUGAGGUUUUCCAAAGAGAUCUAACCAUAGAUGUCGAAGCUCAUAGACUCUCAUCGACUCGAGCAAUAGUGACUUCGAUAAAUCUAAUGCUAUCACAAAGCGAUACUUUCGCAGGCGACGAUCCCACCAGUAUCAUUCUCAAAGACCCCUACCCCGAACAUACUAGGAAUGGACUUUCGAGGGCUGCGUAUUCUGUUCUGAAGAUGUAUGCCGCCUCGGCGCUUCCUAAGCAGGUAGCAGAAAUCAUGGCUUCGUCUCUCUUCGCCGGAUUAGAAGUGUUGAAGCAAAUAUCAUAUUCAGCAACAGAAUCUUUGAACGGUCUGUACGAGGAGUACGCGAAGUCUGACCUAACGUUGAAGCGUCGGCAACCUGUACCGUCAACCAACUUAACAGCGGUGCCUUCAACAUACGGGGUAGCACUCACCCCGGAGCUUUUUGAGGAAGCCACGUUCAGACAACUCGACCUAGCAGGUGAAGAUCCAUUUCUGGUCAACAAGACAAUUGGGCGCCAUGAGGUAAACGAACAAACCGACGACUUCGCCUGGUUCGAUCUAGAUGGUGCUGAUCUAGAAUGGAUGAACCAAGAUUGGUCUUUUCAGGAUUGUUUCUCAAGCGCUUGA